GUACUCUUUCAUCUUGCCAGUCGGCCUUCCUGCUUCUUCGAGAGCGGUUCGAAUGGCAGGUCUUUCCCGCGUGAUUUGACGCGUCGUAAAGUGAUUUGAAAAAAGAUAUUCAUCGCAAACGACGAUCAUCAUGCGAUUCCAUCUGGACCGAGGAAUGAUUCUGUUGAUCGCGUUGGCACUCCAGGCGGUCUCCUCGAAUUCGGACGAGCCAGUGCCGUCGAUCAUCGAUGGAAUUGGGAAUGUUGCCAACAGUGCGACAAAUCUUCUGACGGGAAUCAUGCAACGACAGAUAGAAGUGAUACACCGAGUGACGGAAUCAGCCUCGAGCCUCAUCUCAAACGCGGUGGAGAAGCCGAGGAAGCUGUUGAUCAACGCGACCCGAGUCACCACCGGCUACAUCGACAGCGCAGCGUCCAAAGGUCUCGAGUUCAAACUGAGGCGAAUCGUGGAGAAGUUUCGUGCCAGGAUGCCGUACGGGAUACCUGAACUUGACAUCCCACCUCUGGAGCCAUUGAAACUUGACGAAGUUCAUAUUAAUAUAGACAAUCCGGAAAUUGGCAUGAUGUCCUUGGUCAUCGAAGAUCUGGUGGUGCAUAAUCUGUCCACCUUCGUGACCAACGAGGCAAAGUUGUCUUUGCUCGGACCCACCAUUGAUCUGAACCUCACCGUUCCAAAAAUCUAUGCCGAAGGCUACUACAACAUAUCUGGAGUCCUCGGCGGUAUGGUCCACCUUCACGGUGCUGGCUCCUUCCAAGCAAACAUCUACAAUUUCAUGCUCUACGUGCACACUGUGCUCGGUUACUCCAGAGGUGUCUACCUGAAGAUGUUCGACGUCGACUUUUGGUUAACGUCCAUGCAUGUCAAUUUGGAAAACUUCAUGGGGGACAAAGAAUUAGCUGACCUGAUGAGCAAGGUCUUCCAAGAUCUGACACCGAAGGUAGUGGACAUUAUUAAACCAGACGUGCUUCCGGGUAUAAGGGACGACAUCGGAGGCAGGAUUAACGAGACCAUUCAUAAUCUCACCAUGAAGGAUGUAAUUACCGUCCUCGUUGGACACAAUGACAUUCGAGACUUGGUACACUUGGUGCCCUAAAACUACGAUAAUAUUUGCUGAAUGAAAUCCUAGAUUUAGAUCUUCCCAGUGAACGUUCAGAAUGCUUUCAGGGGAAGGUAAUUUAUUUCAUGGAAGAAAGCUGGUGAAUAAAAAUGAAAUUUUCUUUUUUAAA